AUGCGCGAUGGCUUCGAGGACGAGGAUGAGGUGGGGGAGGAGAUUCUGACUGAGGACACCGGCUCCUCCAGCUUUCCCGGCACGCCACCCGCCUCGCGAUCGGGCGCGGCCAGUUACGCCUCAGCCCCGUCGACGAUGCAAUCCUCGCUGGGCCACCGGCUCCUCCGGCCACCGCCACCAGCUGAGCUCGAUGAGCCGCUGUGCUCCUCGCGAGUCGGAACGCCCGCGGCUCGGUCCGAGCCAGACCUCGUCGAGUCUGGCUCGGACGACAUCGAGGACUUCUUGGCCGGGGAGGUAGCGGUCAGGCACGCGGCGGGGCAGAUCAGGGGAGGCAGCAGGGGAGGCAGCAGAGGGGGAAGCAGGGGAGGCAGCGCCAAGGAAAGGGGCGACGAGCUGCGCUCACCGACCAAGGAACUCCUCAGUUACUAUGGAUGCGGCCGUGACAAAGGCAAAGAGGCUGUCUACACCGCCGUCUUUGACGGCCACAACGGACAGGGGGCCGCCCGAGCCGCCUCGCACCUGCUGCACACUUUGCUAGAGGAGCGCCUCGAGGCGCUCGAGGCGGCGUCUUCCGCCUCGCCGGCCGACGCUCCGAUGGGGGAGGCGCUUCACGAAGCCUUCUUGCACUUUGAUGCGUGGUUCAAGCGUCAGCAAGGCGAGGGCAGCCCGUCCGCGGAAAGCCUCUCGGGCGGAACGACGGCGCUGGUCUGCGUUGCGUGCGGCGGUGCGCUGCACGUGGCGUCGGUCGGUGACUCGCGCGCGGCUGAGCGGAUCGCGGACCUCGGAGGCCUCGUGUUGAGGGGCAGGGUGCAGGGCGUGCUCGGCUCGGUCGAAUUCCAGCCGUACGUCACGCCCGAGCCGAUGGUGGCCGUCGUCCCUCAGCGCUUGUGGGGCGUGGUCUCCGACGGCGACGCGUGCACGCUCGCGGCGCGAGCGCCCUCGGCGCAGGCGGCGGCGCAGGCGUUGGUGGACGAGGCGGCCCGGCGGGGCAGCGGGGACAAUGUCACCGUGAUCGCCGUCCGCUUGCCCGGCGGGGUCCCCGCGGCCGCGUCUGGCGGUUAG